AUGUUCGAGUAUGUAAAUGUUGUCAGCAAGAUGUUUGAUAGUGAGGCUGAAGGUUAUGAAUUCUACAACAAAUAUGCUCUUGAAAAAGGUUUUAGUGUGAGGAAAAGCUACGUUGAGUGGGACGGAUCCAACAAAUACAUAAUUUUAAGGAAAAUUGUGUGUAGUCGUCAAGGUUUCGCGAAGAUAAGCACAUGA